UUAGAAAAAUCCUGUUUCUUUUCGCAAUUUUAGUUGCAGCCAAACUCACGAGAAACUCAGUCACGAAUAAAGAUCUUUCACAGAAGAAGAAUUGUAAGGAAACAAUUCGGCCCCGUUUACUUUGGGAAAUUUCAGCUCAUUUUCCUUAAAGUCAAGAGGGCCCGUCCCCUUCUACUUCUACAUUUCUGGGUGCUGAUCAAAAUUCCAUGAGCGACCCAUUCCUAUAAUCUCUAUUCUAUUCUUGAAACCCCCAUUAAUUUCGAGCGCACUGUGAUUUGUGAGGGUGAAGACAAACUGAAAGGUUGAAGAUAUGGGUAAUCUAUUUUGUUGUGUGCAAGUGGACCAAUCAACUGUAGCUAUAAGGGAGAGGUUUGGGAAAUUUGAGGAAGUUCUUGAGCCAGGAUGCCAUUGCUUGCCUUGGUUUCUUGGAGCUCAGAUCGCUGGCGACCUGUCUCUCCGGUUGCAACAAUUGGAUGUGCGAUGUGAGACCAAAACAAAGGAUAAUGUAUUUGUCAAUGUCGUUGCCUCUAUUCAAUAUCGAGCAUUGGCAGACAAAGCAAACGAUGCAUUCUACAAACUUAGCAAUACAAGGUCCCAGAUCCAGGCUUACGUUUUUGAUGUGAUCAGAGCAAGUGUUCCAAAGCUCAACUUGGAUGAUGCCUUUGAGCAGAAAAAUGAUAUAGCCAAAGCUGUAGAAGAUGAACUUGAGAAGGCUAUGUCGGCUUAUGGUUUUGAGAUUGUACAAACCCUGAUUGUCGAUAUAGAACCAGACGAGCAUGUUAAGAGAGCAAUGAAUGAAAUUAAUGCUGCUGCUAGAUUAAGGGUGGCUGCAAAUGAGAAGGCGGAAGCUGAGAAAAUUUUGCAGAUUAAGCGAGCUGAAGGUGAAGCUGAAGCCAAGUACCUGUCUGGGUUGGGUAUUGCUCGGCAGCGUCAGGCAAUUGUGGAUGGUUUAAGAGACAGUGUGCUGGGCUUCUCUGUUAACGUUCCCGGGACAACCGCGAAGGAUGUUAUGGAUAUGGUGCUAGUGACCCAGUACUUUGACACCAUGAAAGAAAUUGGAGCUGCCUCUAAAUCCACUUCUGUGUUUAUACCUCAUGGACCCGGUGCUGUUCGUGACGUCGCAUCGCAAAUUCGCGAUGGACUUCUUCAGGGUGGUGCUUCUUCUCACUAGUCCAACCCUCUACUAUGUUACAAUGUUGAUGUCUGUCUAUAAGGUGGUAUUGUUUAGUGUGUGUUAUGAUUUUCUGUUCUCAACUGUUGAUGAUUUUACAUUUGAGCUUUAAAGAUUGUUCUUAAUACUUUUUUCAUGUGGUU